AUGGCACACGCCGCUGCUCUGAUCACGCUGCAGGUGCACGGAGAGCCCGGCCGGGAGGCGCUGAUGGAGGCCAAGGUGUGCGAGGCCAUGCAGUCGUUCCUCCGCUGCUGCCCGACGUCCGAGCGCCAUGACCUGCUGUUCUGCCGCGCGGCCAACACCAUCCUGCGCUGCGUGUCCAAGUGGAGCCUGCCGGUGGAGCGGCUGGAGAGCCCCAUCAAGUUCACUCCGCCGUCGCUGCCCAAGCCGGAAGCCAGCGGUGACGGCGCCGAGCGCACCGAUGACGAGAGCGGUUCGGAGACCGAACCCGAGUCGGAGGUGCUGCAGGAGUGGAGCGACCGGCGUGGCGAGGGCGACAGCCGCCGUCAGUACCGCGACAUCUACAGGCGUCUGGCGCAGAACACCCGCCACGUGGCGCCUUUCGUGAAGCUCGCCUAUCCGGACCUGGUGGGCGCCGUCGGUGUCGAGGACAGGGAGUCGCUGGCCGUCUGCGACCGGCUGGUCUGUAGGAAGAAGGUGCAGGGACUGGUUGAUGACGCGAUGGGACAGCGGAAGGCGGACAGCAAGGUGGUCUACGACUACGACUUCCUGGUCCAGACAUUUCCCAAGGCUACGGCCGCCCGCGAGUAUGACCUGGUGAUCUGCCCGGACGUGGGCUCCAGCCGGCAUCAGCAGUGGUUCUACUUCGAGGUGUCCAACAUGCUCGCUGGCGAGCCGUACACGUUCAACCUGAUCAACAACGAGAAGCUGAGCUGUGAGUACCAGGCAGGAAUGCGGCCGGUGCUGUUCUCGGUGAAGGAGGCGGUCCGGGGCCGGCCUCACUGGGUGCGCGUCGGCACCGACGUCUUCUACUACCGCAACGCCUACCGCCGGCCGGGCAAGCAGCGCGUCUACUGCACGGCCUCCUUCACGGUGACGUUCCCGCACACCGGCGACGUGUGCUACCUGGCCUUCCACUACCCGUACACCUACACCAGGCUGCAGACCAUGCUGGAGCUGCUGGAGGGCGCGGUGGAGCCGGAGAAGGAGGUGGUGUUCCUGACGGCGCGGAUCCACCCGGGGGAGAGCGGCGCCUCCUGGGCCAUGGAGGGCACGCUGCGCUUCCUGCUCAGCGCCGCCCCGGAGGCCGAGGCGCUCCGCGACCGCUUCAUCUUCAAGCUGGUGCCCAUGCUGAACGUCGCCGGCGUCGUCAACGGCUGUCACCGGUGCGGCCUGACGGACGAGGACCUGAACCGGCGCUGGAAAACGCCCGACCCGCUGCUGCACCCCGUCAUCUACCGCGCCAAGACCCUGAUGGAGUACUCGACGUUCGUGCUGAAGCGCGUGCCGUACCUCUUCUGCGACUACCACGGUCACUCGUGUCGCAAGAACAUCUUCCUGUACGGCUGCAGCAACCGGCGCUCCUGGCUGCCGGCCGACAGGCAGAGGCCCGACAACGACGCGCUGGUCAGCUGCCUGCCGCAGGCGCUGUACCGGGUGGCGCCCGCCUUCAGUCUACGGUGCUGCCAUCUGACGGUGGAGCGGUCGCGCGAGACCACGGCUCGCGUGGUGGUCUGGCGCGAGCUGGGCGUGCAGCGCAGCUACACCAUGGAGAGCAGCUACUGCGGCUGCGACCAGGGGCCGUACCAGGUGACGGACCGGUGGAGGCCGCAGGAGGAUUUCGAAAGGGAAUUUGCCAUGAGUUCUGCCACCAACUCCGACGUCACCGAGUCGGAUGACGACACCGACGACGUCACCUCGAGCACGGUGACGUCACUGACCUGA